CGAUCUGAACUCUUAUGGUACAAAGGACUAGACCUACAAAUUGCAUAUAUAGACUUGUUUCUUUCUUGUUCUUCAAUUUCGUCAUCUCGCUAUUUAGUGGAGGCUAUCCUCUUCGUGCCAAUCAUUCCAUCCAUUCGUAAAUCCCAAUCUCGAUCUCCCGUUUGAGAAUCGCGUAGGUAAGAAAGAUAGGCUCUCCAACGAAAGCGGAUCCACAUCUCCUCUACUAUACUUCUGUUCCGACUGGCUUUAGUUCUCUCGUUCGUAGCUUAUCUUGAUCCCACUUGCAACUAAACUUAUUAGCUGAUUGGGUGAGUGGUAAGUUCCCAUCAUGGCGGUCUCGUAUGAAAUUGAUUUGAUUGUGAGAAACAGACUUUGUCUCAAGUAUAGGAGCUAGUCGAUCGAGGAAGUAGCCCAUUUUCGUUUGUACAUCUUUCUUUCUCCCAUGCCUUUCUUGGUCGGACCAACCCAACCGGCAAUUUCCUUCUUCCUGAGUUGGGAAGCAAGAACAAGUCUCUCUAUUUUUUAUUUCGGGAGCAGAGCAGUCAAAGAAUGAACCAAACCAAAUGAUUGUUCUAGAAUGGCUAUUCCUCCCAAAUGUUCUUUGUGAUGCUGCGGAACCAUGGCAAUUAGGAUCUCAAGACGCAGCAACACCUAUGAUGCAAGGAAUAAUGGACUUACAUCACGAUAUCUUUUUCUUCCUCAUUCUGAUUUUGGUUUUCGUAUCACGGAUGUUGGUUCGCGCUUUAUGGCAUUUCCACUAUCAAACUAAUCCAAUCCCGCAAAGGAUUGUUCAUGGAACUACUAUCGAGAUUCUUCGGACCAUAUUUCCUAGUAUCAUCCCGAUGUUCAUUGCUAUACCAUCAUUUGCUCUGUUAUACUCAAUGGACGAGGUAGUAGUAGAUCCAGCCAUUACUAUCAAAGCUAUUGGACAUCAAUGGUAUCGGACUUAUGAGUAUUCGGACUAUAACAGUUCCGAUGAACAGUCACUCACUUUUGACAGUUAUACGAUUCCAGAAGAUGAUCCAGAAUUGGGUCAAUCACGUUUAUUAGAAGUGGACAAUAGAGUGGUUGUACCAGCCAAAACUCAUCUACGUAUUAUUGUAACACCUGCUGAUGUACCUCAUAGUUGGGCUGUACCUUCCUCAGGUGUCAAAUGUGAUGCUGUACCUGGUCGUUCAAAUCAGACCUCUAUUUCGGUACAACGAGAAGGAGUUUACUAUGGUCAGUGCAGUGAGAUUCGUGGAACUAAUCAUGCCUCUACGCGUGCGCCCGGAAACAUAGGCCGACUGCUGAGCCCACUCUGGCUCAGCCGCACCACCCGGGGUGCGAGCCACCCGAGAAGCAAGCUAUUACAGCGAGCGGCUGGAGCAGUAGGGAGCCGAGGAGCAAGGCAGUAGAUAAGAUAGAAGAAGGGGCCAGGCUCCCGGUGGAGCAGAGGAGACGGUUAGGAUAACGAACUUGAAACGCGGAGCCCGAGCGGCCGGCGAGCGAGUGGUUAGUGGCCAAUAGCGCCCUAGUUGAUGGCAUUCCUCUCUGCGGCUGGCACUCGAGGAACCACGGGGCACUCCAUACAGAGCAAGCAAGUCUUAGGGAUGAGACGCCCGCGCAAGGACCUCCAUUCUCAUUAGGAGGUCGAACCAAGGACCUAUGGAAGUCGGGGCUACCCCGUCCCCAUGGCAACGCAACAGUGUCCUGAGGGAGGAGUUUAGAGGCCUUAUAGUAGCACGGACUUCUUUUUCUUUCUAGGUCAUGCGAAGGGGGCCAGUCCAAGAUCGUACUGUUCCUCUACAAAGACAACAGACGCUCUCAACGGCUAGGCGCCACUCUCUUUCUGAGUUAUUCCAGCUUCUUCAUGAUUUCGUGCCGCGGUGAACGAACAAAACCAAAAAGAGAAGAGGGCCGUCUCAGCAGAAGGAGAAGGACCUGCAACGGCAGAGACUACUGACCCUCUUCUUGUUCCUAGCCGUCUGUUACGAGUCCGGGAAGCCUGGAAUCAUCAAUAUGAGGGAUCCCUCAAAAUAGAGAAGGGCGGGCAGGGCUUCCGCAAGAGCCUCCCCCUCUUCCCGGUCAAGAUAGAUGGGAAGGAGACGGACAUAACCAGCCUCUUUAUUUAUGUACGUACACCUUUGUUUCAGGGAUAAAAACCUCCUGCUAAUCCGGCCAUUUCCGAACCUGUUUUUCCCACCCCAAAAAAUUCAAUGGAGGACUUCUCAAUUCUUGCGAUUCCCAGCCCGGCUAAAUAGGCUCAAUGAUCUCUUUCUUCGAUAGGCCGGUCCGGCGCUCCGCUUGGUUAUAUUCGUACAUGUUUCGACUCGCCGGUCAUUAUGGAUCUAGUGGCAUGGCGAGGCGAAGGGGGGAAGCAACUACGAAGCCCCUUAUAGCUUGAAUGGGACUCGACAAGUCGCUUCGCUUAUAGAAUAGAAUGCAAGCAAGGAUGGUCGUAGAUCAGCUUACUCUCCGUCUAGCGGCGGCAAGGAAGGAGGGUGCUCGUAGAUCAGCUCGACCGCAGGGUGGUCGUAGACCAGGCUGAUUGUAAAUCAGCUCGACCACCGGGAGAGAGUGGUCGUAGAUCAGCUCAGCCGUUGCUUCUUUGGUCGUAGAUCAGCUAGCCGUUGCUUCUUUGGUCGUAGAUCAGCUAGGGCGCGAAUCCAGCAAGCACUUGGGCGGAGUAAAGCGGAUCGUAGAGCACCGUUGCGCUAACGCGCGCGCUGUAGUUUUUCAGCUUGGUUCUGGCGCGCGCCUGACUCAUAAUUGGGCUCCCUCCGUUGCUUGUUCGCUCAGGGAGUUGCUUCUUUAGGUUGAAGCGCGUUAGCGCAGUAGUUUGAUUGCGUAUCGCGCUAGGCGCUCACGUUUUUUGGCUUCGCAGGAGUGCGCGGGGCGCAUCCGCGCACUUCCGUUUUUCAGCUUGCUGCUCGCUUUCUCGCUUCCGAGAGGCGAAGGGAGCCUGACUUACGGCUUCCAAGCCUGGCGCGAAGCGAAGGGAUUGGAUUUCACCUAUGAUCAGAUCAGUGGGCAACCAUAGUGUACUUUUUUCGUGGUGUUGUUGACGUUGUUGAAAGCGAAUUUCCAAUUUUUAAGUAGGCCUAGCUUUUCGGAGCUGCUCCCAGCUCACACUAUGGUGGAGGAGGUGCCGUGAAGAUCUAGGAGUGUGAGCAGUACGAGCUGAAAGGCUCCCAUACUGUUUGGAGGGCAGGGGGCAUAGAUGCCAAACCUGACCCCUAU